GUGUGCGUUUCUCUCUCCCUCUCUCUGAGAGACAGAGUGUGUGCAUUUCUCUCACUAUGUCUCUCUCUCUGUGAGAGUCAGUGUGUUGCGUUUGGAGUAGAGAGCCUGAGGGGAGGAGGAGGAGGAUUAGAGUAGCCAGCUCAUGAAUGGUACCACGUCACAGGCUCCCACAGUUCACAGCAGAAUGAAGAAGCAAUGGCAGCUCAGACAGGAAGGACAGCUGGGAACGGGGAGCCAGGAGGACCCUGGGAAUCUCGCCUCGCCCGCGCGCACCCUGAGCAGUUCGGUCUGGGCGACCAUCGAAGAGUUGCCAUUACCUCCGGAGGGACGAUACAGCUGGGGUCCACGGGUUCGGACGGCAUCCAGGGCCUCCAGGCCCUCACCGUGACCAGCGCGGCAACGGCGCGGCCGGGAGCCAUCCUCCAGCUCACGCCAACAGCGGACGGUCAGCACCUUCUGGUCCCCAGCAACCAGGUCGUCGUGCAGACUUCCUCCGGUGAUGUCCAGACCUACCAGAUCCGUCCCAGCCCCGGCACCAACUCUGUGCCGCAGACAAACCGAGCCGGUGAGGCGACGUUAAAGAGGGAGAUUCGGUUGAUGAAGAACAGGUGA